UCUCCUAACCUCCCUCCUCUCCCUUCUGCUACUACUACAGCUGGUGGCUCCUCAUGCGCCGCGGCGCUGCGAAGCCUUCACCGGGCACACCGGCUGCAGUCCGUAGGCAUGUCGGCUGGGGGCUCUGACGGGACGGCGGAGAGGCCAGCAGAUCCUGCUGCAGAGGAUGAAGGGCCAAGCCAAGCAGGCUCCUUGCUGCCAGCUGUCGAGCUGCCAAGGAAACGAAAGGGAGAUGUGGAGGAGAGGUCAGAUGCGCAUGUACAGCAAAGCCUUGACAUCCAAAUGGACGAUGACCUCAGCAGAUCUGAGGGAGAGGAUCAGCAAGUCAAAAUGAAAUGCUUCAGGGAACCUCACCGUCAAAUUGAGAAGCGGCGGAGAGACAAAAUGAACAAUCUGAUUGAUGAGCUGGCUGCCAUGAUCCCCGCCUGUCAGCCCAUGGCUCGAAAGCUCGACAAACUCACUGUGCUGCGGAAGGCUGUGCAGCACUUGAAAGCCCUCAAAGCUGGGAUGGGCAGCGCCUUUUCAGAAACCACCUGCAAGCCUUCCAUCCUGCCUCACGAUGACCUCAGACACCUUCUGUUGAAGGCUGCCGAUGGUUUCCUUUUAGUCGUAAGUUGUGACCGGGCGAAAAUCCUGUUCAUCUCCGAAUCCGUCUCCAAGAUCCUCAACUUUAGCCGGUUGGAACUGACUGGGCAGAGCUUGUUUGAUUUCAUCCACCACAAAGACAUCAACAAAGUGAAGGAACAGCUGUCUUCGUCAGAGAUGUACCCUCGUCAGCGUCUUCUUGAUGCAGCAACUGGGGUUCAGGUCCAGGUGGAUGCUCCUGUCAGAGCGACCCACUUAACCACCGGAGCUCGGCGAUCCUUCUUCUGCCGCAUGAAGCACAGUCGACUGACAGAGAAACACGAGGACAAACACUCGCUGCCCACAGCUUCAAAAAAGAAAGACGCUUACCGAUUCUGCACACUGCACUGCACCGGGUACAUGCGGAGCUGGCCGAGCAGCCAGCUGGACUCGCUGGAGGCCGACGCCGACAAGGAAAGCUCGACCCUGACGUGCCUGGUGACCAUGUGCCGCCUCUACUCUCACGCGUCCCAUCAGCCUUCCAAAGACAUCAACGUCAAGCCCACUGAGUUCGUCACUCGCUGUGCGAUUGACGGCAAGUUCACUUUUGUAGAUCAACAAGCCACAACCGUCAUUGGUUAUUUGCCGCAGGAAGUUCUCGGCACAUCCUGCUAUGAGUACUUUCACCAAGAUGACCUGCAGCACCUCGCAGGAAAGCACAGGCAAGUGCUUCGAAGCAAAGAGAAGAUUGAGACACAGUGCUACAAGUUUAAAACAAAAUACGGCUCCUACGUUUCCCUCCAAAGUCAGUGGUUUAGUUUCACAAAUCCAUGGACCAAAGAAGUGGAGUUUAUCGUGUCUUUAAAUAGGGUUAUUUCGGGGCCCGCUCACACAAAAAAUGAGGAGGAGGCAGGCAGCUCAAAGGCACUCCAGGACGACAUAAAGCAAAUACCAGUAAUUCCCGGCUUCUCCAGUGGCACCGGCACAAUGAUCUACGCUGGCAGCAUAGGGACCCAAAUCGCAAAUGAGCUCAUCGACUCCUACAGGGUGAACUCAUCUCCAUCAAGCGGAGCUUCGAGUCCGUUUGGCCCAGCCCAGGAGAAAUGUCCACUGGUGUCCCCACAAACCAGCAGGAGUACAUCCAGCAGGGAGGAGGCAGCAGGCAGUUCAUCACAGUCCCAGUCCCAGUCUGACUCAAGGACGGCAGCAGGGACGAGCAGCUCAACUUCUGAAAGCGCAGGCGAGCCCUCCCAGCUGGACCUGGACAGCAUGGUGGUGCCAGGCCUGAGCAGCUUCAGCAGCGAUGAGGCUGCCAUGGCGGUCAUCAUGAGCUUGCUGGAGACGGACGUGAACAUGGGUCAAUCAGGGGAGUUGGAGGAUUUACACUGGCCUUUCUAGAGGAUGCUCAGACUCUCGGCCUCACUCUCUCUCACAGAACUAGGCAGUUCAGUUAAUUCUGAUCUGCCUGAUACCUGAACUGGCCUUGCACAAUUGAACCUACAGGACUUGUACCAAAAGUCACAACAUGUCAGACUUGAGGACCGGUGAACAGGAAGUGUACAGGAAGUGUUGUGACUGUGAUUAGCCUCCGGGUACUUGGUUUUUGCUUGAAAGAAGGUCUGGUUGAAGAUCCCUUGGAGCCUGCGGUGAUACAGUGUCUUCCUUAGUAACACUUGUGCAUCCUGAAUAGGGGUUGGAGACGAGACCUUCAACAGCAGGGAAAUCUAUUUGCUCUGCUGCCCUUAGUCACCAAGGCCACCAAGGUCUGGAGGAGCAUAGAAGUCCUGUAAUGUGCAGUGCUGCUACAGAAACCUCAAACAUUGACAUUUGUGGAACCUUUGGUACAGUUUUAGGAAUGACUUGUUUUUCAUACAUUGUCUGAUUGUUCAAUUUUUUUAUCAUAUGUUAAAGAUUCCCAUCAGACACAUUUUAAGUAAAAGUAAAAAAAAAAAGAAGAAAAAACUGAUGAGUAAAUUGCUGAAGAAGGUUAAAAAGAAUGUGUCGGUUUUAGCUCCUUGAUUAAGGACUGCAGCUAUUUAUGUACAAAUCGGGGCACCUCAGUCCUUGAACAACCACUACUGGUUCAGCUACAUUUCAUUUUGGACAUGCCCAGCACAGCCACGCAGUGUGGGGAGAGUUAAAAACACUGUGUCACAUAUAAAUACUGUUACCUAAAAUUCUGCAGUGAUUCACAAAUGCCAAAUUUUUAUAAGAUCAUAAUUGCAUUAGAAAAAAAGUUAAUCAGCUUGUAGUUUCUCUAUAAAAAACCCUACUGCUUAAUUAGUAUUAUUUAAGUAUUUUGGGAAUUCUUCAUUCUCCAUCACACUUCUCAAACCUGUAGUGGCAGUAAUGGGGUGAAGAAAACAGCACAAACUAGACACUAGACAGCAGACACUGCUGGGGACAUGCAGAUCAUGGGCUGUAUUUGAUAACGGACUAUCAGAAUUGCGAGAUUGCCAAAGACACCCAGCGCUUUGAAUCACACGUACUGUAUUAUUUAAAAGAAAUUGUGUUCAUUCCUAAUCAUUUGUAUACACAAAUGAUCCAGAAGUGUGUCUGAUUUUUGCUUCUACUGAGCUAGCCGAGCACUUUUGUCACCUAAUCAGACCACAUGAGCAAAGAUGCUUGGUUUACACUUAGAGACAAUCAAAGAAUUAUAACAAUAAUGUGGUUAAAAGGUUUCAUAUUAUUAUCUAGCACAAUCAACACACAGAUUCCAACUUUGACAAUUAGCUAGCGAUGGGGCUACUAGCAAGGAUCGCUAAUGCUACGAGGACCUACGAAGGGAAUGUGUUUCAUGGAGAACGCUUUACUUCAGGACUGUUUUUAUUAAAAUAAAUACUUGAAUAUUGAAUACUGUUUACAGUUCUGAUUGCUGAAUGAAUGGUAGGAAUGGUAGACUCUGUAGUCUUUAUAAAUUUCUCUACAUAUGUA